AAAUAGAGGGAAAAAACCAGUGGCUCCACUCAUCCGUCGAGACGCCAUCAACUACCCCUCAACCAAAAGUCUUCGUCAACGCUUGCCGACGACUACCUAUCUCCUUCUUGCCCAGUCCACUGAUCAAUUCUCCCUAUCGAUCAUUGCGUUCUUGCAGAUCCCGCAAUGGCUGACAAGGGAGAGAAACCAAUCAUCCACACCCUGCGAGAUGCUCUGCUUCACUUCGCCGUCAAGUCCAAGAAGCUUGCGUCGCCGCUCCUUGAGCCGUUCGGGCGCGCGUCCGAGCCGGCCACCGUCGACGACGACGAGCUGACGGCGCUCAGGUCCAAGCUGCUCCGGAUCCGCGCCACGCUCCGCGACGCCGAGAGCCUGUCCGUCACCGACCGCUCCGUACAGCUGUGGCUCGCCGAGCUCGGCGACCUCGAGCACCGGGCCGAGGACGUGCUCGAGGAGCUCGAGUACGAGUCCCGCCGCUCGGCCCAGCUGGAGGAGCUCAAACUCGACCUCCUCCGCGCCGCAAAGACCGGGAAGCGGCGCCGGGAGGUGGGGCUGCUGUUCGCCGCCGCGCCGGGGAGGCGACUCCGCCGCAAGAUCGACGGCAUCUGGGCGAGGUACGAGGAGGUCGCGUCGGACAGGAGGAAGCUCCGGCUGCGCCCCGGCGACGGCGCGCCCCGGCCCGCGGCGAGCGCGCUCGUGCCGAGCAGCGCGCAACCCCGCGGCUGCGGCGGCCUGCACGGGCGGGAGCGCGACGCCGAGAGGGUCGCCGCUCUGGUUCGCGCGCCGCCCGACAACGGGAGAGGCUACGCCGUCGUGCCGAUCGUCGGGAUGGCCGGCGUCGGCAAGACGGCGCUCGUGCAGUGCGUCUGCAACAUGGCGGACGUCAGGUCACACUUCCACAUGACGUUCUGGAUCUGGGUCUCCCAGGAGUUCGACGUCGUCGGCGUGACGCGCAAGAUCGUCGAGGCGAUCACCAGAUCUCGUCCCGACUGCGACGAGCUGAGCACGCUUCAUGAGCUCAUUGUUGAGCAUCUUGCAGGGAAGAGGUGCUUGAUCGUUCUCGACGACGUUUGGGAUGACAAUCCCAGCCACUGGGACUGCAUUACGGCUCCCCUGAGCUGCUGUGCUGCGGGGAGCACCGUCAUCGUGACAACAAGGAGCAAGAAGGUUGCCAAGAUGGUAAACCCAAAGGUGUAUCAUCUGAAAUGCUUGUCAGAUGACGACUGCUGGCUUGUAUGCCGGCGACGGGCACUGCCAAACAGCAACACCAACAUUAAGCAAGAACUUGUCGAGAUAGGUAAGCAGAUUUCGAAGAAGUGUGGGGGCUUGCCAUUGGCAGGAGAGGCAGCUGGUAGUGCCCUCAGCAAUUCAAUCAGCUGGGAGCACUGGAAAGAAGUCCUGGAGAAUGGACUGUGGGCUGGUAGUGAGGCGAAGAAUCUGGUACUGCCAGUGCUGAAGGUGAGCUACGAUCAUUUGUCGUCGCCACUGAAGCGAUGCUUUGCAUUCUGUUCAUUGUUUCCGAAGGGCUUUGUCUUCGACAAAGAUGUUCUAGUCCAGCUGUGGACGGCGCAAGGAUUUGUGGAUGCUGAAGGAGACUGCAGCCCUGAAGUUAUCGCCAAUGGCUACUUCAAGGGUUUGGUGUCAAGGUGCUUCUUCCACCCUUCCCCAGCUCAAUGUAUCGGUGAAGGGAAGUUUGUCAUGCAUGACCUGUAUCAGGAGCUUGCUCAGUUUGUUUCCGGCAAUGAAUGUAAGAUGAUACAGCACCCUUAUUCCAUGAAAAUAGAUGAGAGCCCUCGGCAUUUGUCCUUUGUCGACGAAGAGUCCUAUUCUGUUGAAGAAAUGCACUUGAACGCAUUUCGUGGUCAUCAUGAUCUGCGAACCUUCCUGUUCAUUGCAAGAACAGAACAAAACCAAGAGAAGAUGACAUUUAGAACAAAGAUUCCUUCUGAACUGAUCACGGAUUUUGAAUGCUUAAGAGCUCUAGAUUUGAGCAACACAAACAUCAUGGAGUUACCGAAGUCCAUAGGGAGUCUGAUACAUCUACGUUAUCUUGCUUUGGAUAACACCACCAUCAAGACAUUGCCCGAUUCAAUUUGUGCUCUCUUCCACCUGGAGACGAUCAAGCUUAACAAUUGUUCUUCUCUUACUCAGUUACCUCAAGGUAUAAAACUCCUGUUGAAUUUAAGGUGCCUAGAGAUCCCACAUUCAAACAUACAAAUGCCUUCUGGGAUAGGAGAGUUGACUAGGCUGCAGAGACUACCUUUUUUUGCCAUUGGAAAUGAGCCUGCUGGAUGUGGCAUAGAAGAACUGAAUGAACUGGUAAACCUUAGAGGACAUCUUCAUAUCACAGGUUUAAACAACCUGGAUGGUGCAAAAGCUGCCACAGCCAACCUCUGGAACAAGUUGGGUAUUCAAAAGCUUACACUUGAAUGGUCUGAACUUACAAAUUUUAACAAGCCUCUUUGUGAUCCACAAGGAAAUGCCGUGGGAGGCAUAUCAGACAGACAGGGCCCUGGAUUUAGUGCUGCAAAAGAUCAGGUGUUGAAAUGCCUCAAGCCUCAUUCAGAUCUGGAAGAGCUCAGUAUCAAGCAUUAUAAUGGAUCCUUUUCUCCAACAUGGUCAGGAUGGCUGCCCUUGGACAGGUUAGCUUCUAUUGAACUGAAAGACUGUCACAAUUGCGAAGAACUACCACCCCUUGGCUGCUUACCAUCUCUUAAACAUAUUUUGGUACAAUCACUGCCACGUGUCAAGCUAGUUGGGCCCAAAUUUUAUGGUGAUGUUGGAGAUAUCGCUUCAAGCAGUGAUAGGAGAGUAUGUAAUGUGUUUCCAGCACUGGAGUCGCUAAAGUUCAGGAACAUGAAAGCGUGGGAGGAAUGGUGCGGUGUCAAGAGUGAGCACUUUCCCAAUCUUAAAUAUCUCACCAUUGCUAGGUGUAGCAAGCUCAAACUAUUGCCCAAGUUCACAUCAGAACCAAAGCUGAGAAUCCGGCACUGUGACCUGCUGCAAAUGCAAUUGUGUCAGAAAUAUCGGAAUAUGGUGAAGCACAUACCAGCUCAAAGUGAAAUUUCAUAUACACGCAUCAUGGAAGGUGACAUUUUAGUUCUUGAAGCUUCCUGUUCCUACAGCGCAUAAAAAUAGGAAAUGGUCAUUGAUCCACUGAAUUAGGGUGCAUUCAGUGCAAAGAUGUCUGCAUCAAUUCAAUCUGAGCUGAUUGAUGCACUUCCUCCAUGCAUGAUACCACUGCAAAAAUUGGGCACAUGUGCAGUAUGAAGAAAUGAUUCAAAAUACAAAGAAAGAUGGAAAUUAUCUGCGCUCAGUGAUCUUCAUGAAUGGGUCCAAGCUCUCCCGCCAUGGCUUAUGUUAUAUAUGUAGGGACAGUAUGAGGAAGGACUUGUGGCUGUUUGGACCAUGCAAACCAGCUGAGCACAAAUUGUUGUGGCCACUCAAUCUUGCUACCCUCUACCUCUCUAUGUUACAUAAUUUGAGUUGUUCAAAAUUAUGGCUACCUUGCUACUCAUGCAAGUUUCCUCAUUAUGCACCUUAUUGUUACGUUCAGUUUGGUACUUUCAACCAGUGCGAACAAUUCUAAGUUUGUUUAGACUGUACAAGAAA